GCCAUGUUCCCUAAGAAAUACACAUAAAUACUACAACAAGUGAGCUUUUCAUUAUUCAACUUUCCACUGAAUCCAGCUUUCGAAAUGGAAACAGUGAAGUUAAUAGGGACUCCUUUCAGUUUUUUCACAUACAGAGUUAUUUGGGCACUAAAGCUAAAAGGAAUAACUUAUGAAUACAUAGAAGAAGACAUGUCCAAGAAAAGUCCUUUGCUUCUGAAAUACAAUCCAAUUCACAAGAAAGUUCCUGUGCUAAUCCAUGGUGAAAAGUCAGUCUGUGAAUCCCUGGUCAUCGUCGAAUACAUCGACGAGACAUGGCCACUGAAUCCAUUGCUUUCGGCUGAUCCCUAUGACAGAGCCGUGGCUCGGUUUUGGGCUAAAUAUGUUGACGAUAAGUCAUAUAAUACCUGGAAUGUGUUUUGCAACACUGGAGAGAAGCAACAAAAUGCCAUAAAAGAGAGCUUGGAAAUGCUCAAAGCUAUAGAGGAAAAUGCUUUGGGAGAAAAGAAGUUAUUUGGUGGUGAAAAUAUUGGGCUUGUGGACAUAGCCUUUGGAGGGUAUGCUCAAUGGAUGAAGAUUAUAGAAGAUAUUGUGGGAGUUAAGUUACUUGAUUCUCAAAAUUUUCCUCGUCUCAACACAUGGAUCAAGAAUUUCAAAGAUGUUCCAGCAAUCAAAGAGAACCUCCCUGAUCGUGAUGAGAUGUUUGUUUAUAUGAAGAAUGCUAGGGACAAGAUGUUAGCAUCUCCAUAAGGAGAUUUCUCAUAUGUUGACUCAAUCAACUAUGCUUCAAUCUCUAUAUAUGAAUUUUCGGUAUCCAUUUCGUUAUGUGUAAUUGUCAAAUUAAUUAUGUAUAAGAUGUUACCACAUUACCAAUCACCGUAAGGAGAUUUUUUUAACAGUAAAAUCUCGACCAACUAUCUUCAUUGUUGAUUCAA